GAAAGAAAAUCUCGUCAUUUGGAUUUCGAAAAAGUGAUCGAACAGAGCGAGAUGUGGGACCGUUUCUUUGGCAGCGUCCUAGCUCGCGCACUGCUGCACAUCGUCCUUUUCAAUUGUUGUGUCGCCUUCAACGAUUUCAGCGAUGAAGAUUACAACACGGCUUUCCCAAAUCACGAAGAUGAGGGGAGUUUGAAGAUGGUGGUAGUGAUGUUUCGACACGGUAAUAGAACUCCAGAUGGAGAGGAAGAACUGUAUCCCAGGGACCCUUAUUUAAACAAGACUUAUUUUCCCUAUGGCUUAGGACAACUAACAAAUGCUGGCAAACGCAAACAAUACUUGGUGGGUCUGGAACUUCGUAAGAGAUACGACCGUUUUCUGGGAGAUUACUACUACCCACAACUGAUAGACGCAAGAAGUACCCAUUACAAUCGUACCAAAAUGUCGUUGGAAUUAGUCUUGGCCGGACUGUUCCCACCAAGAAAAGAAGAUGAAGUUUUAGGGAUGCCUUGGCAGCCAGUGCCGUAUAACUACUUCCCUGUCAAGCAAGACGAUAUACUUUUGGGAAGCAACUGUCCGAAGUAUUCGGAACUUUAUAAAAAAUACACUAGUCGACCGUCUGUUCAAGAAAAGUUUAUGAAGCACGGUGAAACCUUUAAGUACAUAUCUGAACAUACUGGUUUGAACAUCACAACCUUUAAAGGCAUUUACAAUUUACAUUUCGGUCUAUCUACUGAAGAGGAAUUCGGUCUGAAAUUACCUGAUUGGACAAAAUCUGUAUGGCCGGAACCGAUGACCAAACUCUUUCCCGAAGAGUACUAUAUAGCGAUGGGCACAGCAGAUAUGCGAAGAAUUGCCAUCGGAAACUUCUUGAAGAAACUCCUCGACGAUACCAAAGCUAAGAUCGCCGAUCACCGCAAACUGGGCAGAAAGAUGUACCUCUACUCGGCCCACGAAAGUACGCUGUCGUAUCUGAUGAUAGCUUUGAGGAUAUUCGAGAAACACAUCCCUACAUAUGGCGCCUACGUCGCCAUGGAGCUACACCAGAUCAGAGGCGUGUAUGGGUUCAAAAUAUUUUACAAAAAGUGGGAUGGGUCCGGUUUGAGGUUGGUGGAGAUGCCAGGGUGUAAGGAGUUCUGUCCUCUAGACGUAUUUACAGCCUUGUUAGCAGACAAUCUGCCGACCAGUGAUAACAUGUGUGGGAAUUGAAGAAGUGUUAGUUAUACUGGGUAUAACGAUGUAAAAAUUUGCUGUGCAAAAUUAAAUAAUUAGAGAGCCGAGAUUUAGUUGAUUUAUGAGAAAAGAAUAGAAACAAAACAGGUUAUAGUUAAAUAUAGAAAGGAUACGAAACGUUUUUGUUAUAGCAGCUUAUGGUGAUUUUCUUUAAAGUCUGUUGUAUUGACGAUCAUUAUCUGAUAUCAUUAAAGUGGCUUCAGAUCUCGUAAAUCUUAAAAACAACUGUUGUUUUGUAUCUCAUUUCUUUCAGCAACUUAAAGUUGCGUCUAAUGAUUACAAAAUUCCUCGCCUACUUAACACUAUCGAUGUUUUCUUCGUAACGGUUCCCCAAAAGGUUCUAGAUCAAUUUUCAUUUGAUCAUUUUCCUUUCUUUUGCGUAAAUAUUCCUCUUCCAAUUAUUUGAUAUCGUUCCUCUAUUCUAUGCUUUUCUGCAAUUACUUCAUAUUCAGUUUUGAUCCCUAGUUAUCCAGUUCUUUCACUGUUUCUUGAGAUAUACACACCAUUUUGAAUUGGUUACUGUCUUUGGUGGGAACUAAUCACAAUUCCAGUUGAAAACACGUUUAUUAUACAGGGUGUAACAAAAAUACAGGACAUAAAUUAAAUCACAUAUUCUGGGACCAAAAAUAGUUCGAUUGAACCUAUCUUACCUUAGUAUAAAUGUGCACAUAAAAAAAGUUAGAAAAUGGACAUAUGGUUUUCUUAUGGUAGGUACAUCUCAAAAAAAAAUGACAGUGAAUUUGUACACCCGAUAAAAAUUUUAUGAGGGUUUUGUUCCUUUAAACCCCUCCCCCCCCCCCCCAAACUUUUGUGUACAUUCCAAUUAAAUUAUUACUGCGGUACCAUUAGUUAAACACAAUGUUUUUAAAAGAUUUUUGCCUCUUAGUAUUUUUUCGAUAAGCCAGUUUUAAUCGAGAUGCGGCUUCUUUUUUAAUAUGCUUACAUAAAAAUUGUAUGGGGGUUUUGCUCCCUUAAAUGCACCAAAUGUUUGUGUACGUUCCAAUUAAAUAAUUAUUGUGGUACCACUAGUUAAACACAAUGAUUUUAAAACUUUUUCGCCUCUUAGUAUUUUUUCGAUAAACGAUUUGUUAUCGAGAUAUUACUGUGUUUCAAAAUGUACCUAAAAAAUGUAAAUUCACAAUAAAUUCUCAUACUAUUAUCAGGUCUCGAUAAUCUUACUUACCAUGUAAAAAUUUGUGUUGGAUCUUACAAAUGUUCAAAAUAUCUCGAUAAAAACUGACUUAUCGAAAAAUUACAAACAGACAAAAAAGUUUUAAAAAUAUUUUAUUUAACCAAUAGUACCACAAUAAUAAUUUAAUUGGAACUCACACAAAUAUUUGGGGUGGUUUAAGGGAACAAAACCCCCAUAAAAUUAUUAUGGGGUGCACAAAUUCCACUUUUAUAUUUUCUUAAAGAUUUUUCUGCCAUAUGAAUGCCACAGGUCCAUUUUCAAUAAAAAAUCUCUAAUACUUUUCAAUAUAUCGGAAAAAAUCGAUUUUUAUUUUGUAACUUCAAGAGGCUAUAACUUUUUUUAUGUGCACAUUUGUACUAAGGUAAGUUAGGUUCAAUCAAACUAUUUUUGGUCCCGGAAUAUGUUAUUUAAUUUAUGACCUGUAUUUUUGUUACACCCUGUAUACAAAGUAUCCUAUAUACCUAUACGCGUCGGUCUCUGUACGGAAAACGACUUGAUAUAUAAAAAAAUUUCACCAAAGGGUUAUAUAGCUCGUUAAUACCAUAAUUUAAAAAUAAUGUGAAUUAUACAGGGUGCUCCAAAAAAGAUUGGUAGGUAUAUCAAAGUUAUAUUUUUUCAUAUAAAACACCCUAUAUUUGAUAACGUAUUUGAAUUGUCCUUAAAACAUAAGCUAUACUUUUGUAAGGGUUCCCUAUGCCUAAAUACUGGGUGUUUUGAUGUAUUUCGGUUUUUCUGACAAUGUCAGAUCUAAGAAACAAAUGAGAACAAAAUUUUCUUAUCUUAAUAAAAGACUGUCUUAUUUAAAAAUAUAUUUUUAUUAUAAUAAAAUUUUUUGUAGGAUAUCUCUAAUUCUUAGAUUCGUAGAUAUCUAAUUUUUUCUAAAACCAUACAUUUUUAGAAAAAUCGAAAUAAAUCAAACCACCCUGUAUAACCUACAUAGAGAACCCUUAUAAGAGUAUAGCUUAUUUUUUAAGGACAAUUCAAAAAUCUUAUCAAAUAUAGGGUGUUCUUUUAGAAAAAAUUUAACUUUGAUGAACCACACUGUUUUGGAGCACUCUGCGGCGUCAAAGUGAACGUAUUGUAAGUAGUUAAUUCCCAUUAAAGACAGUAUACCAAUAAAAAUGCUACAAUAAAAUAGCCCUUUCCGAAUGUAGGUUUUUAGUUCCAGUUUUUUAUUUUAAUUAAUUUUUUUAUAUUGUUCCUCAUUUUUGAAGUAUUUGUGGCUCAUUGUUGUUUUCUUACAUUUUCCAAGCUGUGAUAUAAUUUUCUUUUUUAUCCUAAUGCUUAGACGAAUAUUACAUAGUAAAUAUCCUUGUAUCCUUUGUGUUUUUGUCUGGAACAAAGACACACAAGUUUGUAAUCCAAAUGAAUUUGUAUGCCUCCAAAGUCAUAGCACAGCUGGUACUGUGUCCUGUGUUUUUAUCUGUCGAUACACGAUGGAUUUGUAACAUUUAUUAAUACUGGGUAAUCACGUUUAAACACGUUUUGAUCAGUUUUUUCCUCGGAUGUAAUAGUAAUCAUUAGACUUAGUCAAAUAUGCAAAUUGCAUAUUUUGCAUACUAUGCAUUAAAAAAUGCAAAAAUGUCCCAAUUUUGCAUAUUUUUAGUUAAAGUUUGCAGAAAGUGCAGAUAGUAUGAAAUUUUGAUUGUAACUAUACAUAUACAGAGUGUCCCAAAAGUAGUGGAACGGUCGAAUAUUUCGCGAACUAAACAUCGGAUCGAAAAACUGAAAAAUAUGUGUUCAAUCAUUUUCAAAAAUCUAUCCAGUGACAUUAAACACCAACCCCCACUACACCUCCAGGAGGUGGGGUGGGGGGUAACUUUAAAAUCUCAAAUGGAAACCCCUAGUUUUUCUUGCAGUUUGGGAUUCGUUACGUAAAAGUAAGCAACUUUUAUUCAAGAUAUUUUUUCAAACUGUGGAUAGAUGGCGCUAUAAUUGGGAAAAACGAUUUAUCCUGAUACCAUAGGUAAAUUAUAGAAACGGCCUAAUAUCUCGAGAAAUACACUUCCAAAUGAGAAACUAAAAAAGAGGUUUUUAAUAUUUUUUGAAAACCUAUCGAUAAACACCAAACAUGACCCUCCAACCCACCCACUGGAGGUGGGGUUGGGGGGUAACUUUAAAAUCUUAAAUAGCAACCCCCACUUUUUAUUACAGAUUCGGAUUUGUCAUGAAAAAUUAAGCAACAUUUAUUCGAAACAUUUUUUAGAAUUGUUGAUAGAUGGCGCUUUAAUUGGCAAAAUACGAUUUAUUAUCGCCAUCUAUCAGCAAUUUGAAAAAAUGUUUCGAAUAAAUAUUGCUUAAUUUUUCAUGACGAAAUCGAAUCUGCAAUUAAAAGUGGGGAUUGCUAUUUAAGAUUUUAAAUUUACCCCCCACCCCACCUCCAGGGGGUGGGUUGGAGGGCCAUGGUGGCGUUUAUCGAUAGGUUUUCGAAGAAUAUUAAAAACCUCUAUUUUAGUUUCUCAUUUGGAAGUGUAUUUCUCGAGAUAUUAGACAGUUUCUAUAAUUUACCUAUGGUAUCAGGAUAAAUCGUUUUUUCCCAUUAUAGCGCCAUCUAUCCACAGUUCGAAAAAAUGUCUUGAAUAAAAGUUGCUUACUUUUACGUAACGAAUUAAAAUCUGCAAGAAAAACUAGGGGUUUCCAUUUGAGAUUUUAAAGUUACCCCCCACCCCACCUCCAGGGGGUGUAACGGGGGUUGGUGUUUGGUGUCACUGGAUAGAUUUUUGAAAAUGAUUGGACAGGUAUUUUUCAGUUUUUCGAUCCGAUGUUUAGUUCGCGAAAUAUUCGACCGUUCCACUACUUUUGGGACACCCUAUAUAUUUAUAUUCAUGUAACAAAUAGCUUGGAAAUCUCAAUAUUUCACUUUGUUUUAUAAUCUCUAGUAUUCAAAUUUUUGGUAUGGGAAAACUUUAAUUUUGACGGCACAUUUUACUUUUGUUGUAAAAUAGGCCGUGAAUUCGUGUCUUUAUAAUUGUGAAUGAUAAUUGUGCUUUGAAAAUGCCGAAAAUAAACAGUUCAGUGUCAUUCAUAAAAUCAAACUACACUGUGCGUCAUAAAUAAACGGGUGGCCCACAAAAUUGGUCAUAUUUGAUAUCUCGAAUUUCCUAAACCUGUGUCCGAUUUAAGUGAUUUUUUUAAAUAUUUUAUAGCAAUAUUAUUUAGCAUUAGCACUGUAAUAAUGAUGUUGUUCUGAAGCUAUUUCCUUGUGGCAUUUUUAUGAUUAAUUAUUUAUAUGGGAAAUAAGCCACAAUUAAAAUGAAAAAAAUAAUUUUAUUAACGUUUCGACGCCCAAAUCGGGUGCCGUUGUCAAAAUACAAAAUAUUAUAUAAUAAUAAUAAUGUAAUAAUGAUAUUGCUAAACAGAUAAAUGUUCAUUGUAUACCGAGUGGACCAAUCAAAGUGUAUUUUUUUCUCAAAGUUCGUAACACCCUGUGGAAUAUUCUAGCAUUUAUAAAAUACUGAAAUUAAAAUCCAAUUAUAGCCUCAGGUUUUCUUAAUAUUCUUUUUUUUUUUUCUUUGUUCGCUUAUGUUGGAUAAUAAAAAAGUUAGGGUACAUUAAAAACUAGCUUCAGAAAACCUACCACGAUUCAAAAUAAUAUCAUUUUUCUACAACCGUGUUAAAAAUGCAGUUUUUAGCACUCCACAAGAGCGUUAAAAAUGCUACUUUAAGGCACUAGUGCUUUAAAAUUUUUAAGGCACUGCAAUUUUGAUGUAAUGUCAAAAAAAUAUAAAAAUGGAAUGUUAGUCAAGUUCAAGUAAAAGUUGUUGUAGAUAUUGUCCUGUAAUUACGUUUGUAGAAGAAUUAUUGUAUGAUAUGAGUGUUAAAAAGUACAUUUUUAAGGCACUCAUGUGAAUUGCACUUGAAACUUUCACAUGCUUGCCUUAAACGUGUACUUUUAACACUUGUAUCAUAAAUAUCUAUUAUUUGUUAAAAUUUUUAAAUAUUUAAUUACAGUCGAAAAAAUUAAAGAAUACCCAUGAACGAACAUAUAAAACACACUGCAUUUUCCUGUCACCGUGUCACAAAGAAAAUUGUCCAGUGCAAGUACAUGUAACAAUAAUUAUUACAUGUACUUGCGCUGGCCAAUUUUUUGUGUGACACGGUGACAGGAAAAUACAGCGUGUUUUAUAUGUUCGUUCAUGUGUAUUCUUUCAUUAUUCCGACUGUACAUAAGCUUAGUUUGUAAAAUACAUAUAGUACCUACAUGUUAAUUAAGAAAAUAUGUGAAGAUACUGUAAAUAUUUUUUUAUUAUAAUAUGCAUAUUUUCUAAAAAAAACAUGCAUCUUUUUGAGUAAAAUACUGCAUAUUUACGCGCAUAUUUCACACCUUUUUAUUUGCAUAUUUGCCUAAGUCUAGUAAUCAUAUUUAUAUAUAAAAAAAACAGAAAAUCAGUAUUAAAACCUAUUGGCUAUUAUGUGGUAAAAUAAAAAAAUUGCCUGCAAAAUGAGUUGUAUGCAACUGCUAAUAGGUUUCUUAACAUUAAGUAUAUUGUUAAAUUUUUUUAAUAAAAUCAUUUGUUUUC